UUUUCUUUCAGAUAUAUGGAAAUAGAGAUUGGAAACAACUAAUAAACAUAUUACAAAUAUGAAUACCUGGUUGAUUCUACUAAAAGCAAAGGGUAAUAUGACACUAAUUUAUAUACUAGAUUUUUUUUUUUUUUUUUUUUUGCUAAACAAGUAACAAUUUUGUUGGGGGGAUUAUUAUUAUUAUUAUUUCAUGAAAAAAAAAAAAUACAGUAUUUUAUGAUUGACUGGACCACAAGAAUUCACUGAGUAGAGAACAGCCAGAUCAUAGCUAGUUAUCGGUUGGCACUCCUCUCUACUAUUUCUACAGGGUUGGAACCUAAUAUGAUAUAAAGGCAGCCUUACAACAUGUGGGCAUGAGAGAGAGAGAGAGAGAGAGAGAGAGAGCGCAUGGGUGCUAUCAUUUCUCCCCUCAGACCUUUGAUGAAAGCCUUGGGAUCGAAGGCAAGGAAAACAUAAUCGUGCUCCUGUUAUUGCAGAGGAUGCAAAAAGUACAGCUCAGAGAGAGAGAAAGAGAGAGAGAGAGAGAGAGAUGUGAUCUAUAAUCAAUCUUAAAUUGUGAAGGUUCAAAAAGUUUUGACUGAAAAGAAACAAAAAAAUAAAGUGAGAGAGCUCUGAAGAAGGGUUGUUCAUGCUCUCUUUCUUUCUUUUCAAGACUGCUUUAAUUAAGAUGAGACUUUGAAAGAGUAAAGAGGAAACUAUGAAAAGUGAGUAAAAGCAACGAAGGUAUGUGGGUGUCACCUGAAGUACUAUUUCUUUGAAUAGAGAGAGAUUCCCAGUCCUUUGCUAGUUAAUUUUAAUUACUCAUCUUGGGAUUUUCAAUCUCUUUAAUAUAUAUAUAUAUAUAUAUAUAUAUAUAUAUCAUUUCAAUUCAUUAUGGAGUCUGCAAAUCUCCAUCACCAACAUCAGCUCCAAGAUCAGCUUGCUUCAUCUUCUGCUUUAGCUACCUCAUCCUGCUAUGGAGUUGGAAACACCCAUGCUUGGAGUGCCCCAAAAACCAUUUUGAACAAUGGUAAUUUUGAUCCAACUAUUAAUGGACUAGACACAAACUCAAGGGAUUCAAGGCAGCAAAAUGACAUUCUAACCCCUUCUCUUCCAAUGAUUCAAGACCUGGGCUUUCACUGGUCUAACAAUGGAGCAGGGAGCUUCAGCAGUACUCAGUCUGCCCAUGAAUUUCAACUUGCAAAGGUUAACAAGGAAGAGCUCUCAGCUGAUUCAUACCCAAAAUUCACCGAAAUGAUAAACAGUGCUUCAAGUAUUGAAGAUUACCAUUUAAAUCCAACAACCUACAUAAAGAAUGAGCAAAAGGGUCAUUUGAAUGACCUAAGUGAGAAGCUCUUACUUAGAAACUUCUCUUCUGGCUGCCAAAUCAGUGGGCUUCAACUUUCCGGUGGUACCGGAGAUUACUACUCCAAUGCACAGAACUGUGCUAGUACUUUAAGACCUAGCAGAGGGAAUUUCAGCCAGAUAUUUCCCACUGUCAAUAUUUCAAACUUGAAUCAAUCGUCUUCGGCAGUUUUGAGCCCCUCAGACGUGAACUUGCAGGCUUUGGAUCUCUUCACCUCGGCAAAAUUUUGUGGGAACUUACGCCAGCCUUCACAUGGUCAUCUUGACCUUUCCAGAGAGGGUCUUUUUUGUGGUCUUGAUCAUAUGCAGCAAUCAAGUCAUACAUCAAAUGGCCCUACUAAGAUGCCACCCUUUACUAAUGGAGUUACAGAAGCAAAGAGAACCAGCAGCUUUUUGGAGCCAAAGGCACCUCAGACAGCGGCAAAGAGAUCGCGAUUUGAGUCACGGGCCUCCUGCCCACCCUUGAAGGUCAGAAAAGAGAAAUUAGGAGACAGAAUUGCAGCUCUUCAGCAGUUAGUGGCACCUUUUGGCAAGAAUGUUGCAGACAGACACAGCAUCCGUAUUAAUGGAGGCUAUUGGAUACAUCAAAUUCCUUCAAAACCAGGUCGAGACAUUAAGCGUCCCAUACAUGAAGUCGUCGCCCAAGAAGACCAGCAGAACAAUGAGAGGGCAUAUAUAUGGCUGUGAUUAUCAGGGUACAAUGGAGGACGACAAUGAAGAGGCAAAGCGAGAUCUUAGAAGCCGAGGGCUGUGCCUCGUGCCUUUGUCAUACUUGUCUUACGUAACAGACACAGGAGGUGUUUGGUCACCCCCUAACUUCAGUGGAACCAGUUAAUCAUAGAUAGAUAUAUGCAAUUUUUUUUUUUUUUUUUUUUUUUUUUUG